GCUCUAGUGCUAUCACAGGGAGAGGACGGGACACUGGCUGUAGAAGCAAAGCGGAAAGAAAAUGGCGGCCGUGGCUGCGGAGCCAGGAGCUGUUGCGGUAUUAACAACAACAGCGGGGGACUGUGGUGAGCUCGAACCGGUGCCAGCUGUGCCGGGGGCCAAACUCGACUCCGAUGCAACGCAGCAGUACGCGCCAGUAAUAGACCUUGUUCACCAACUCAAGGAUGGGGAUGCAGUUCAGGAAUGCAGCCAGGUCCAAAUGGAGCUAGUGAGCAGGCCAGACCAAGAAGCCGCGGGAAAAGUCCUCGCUGCUUGUGCAGAGGAUGAACACAUCGAUACAGGAUGUCUCAUGGUCGGCGUAGAAAAUACCGAUAACCAUUCUCGCGAGGGCUAUGGUUCGAAAUACACAAUGUCGAGGGCAGAACGUUUGAAACAAUUUUUUUCGCCUAAUGUUGAUCCUGCAAACGAGCUCAGUAAGCACGAGCCCUACGCCUGCCAUCAGAAUAGCUCCAUCUCCGAUUCACAGCCAUCGGUGGUCUUUUUGCAUUCGUUCCCUGCGCAUCCUGUGACUACGGAGGCUGGGCUGUCGUUGGCAGAACCAGCAGAGCCCAUGACCAAUUACUAUCAAAACACAGAAUUAACCCAACCUACUAUUAUCGAAUGUGACUAUAGAGCUUUAAUCAAACCGUCCCACGAGGCUGAACUGGAGCCCGAAUCAGCAGAUGAUGCUCCUUCUGGUACCGAGUACAAGGCCGAGUCUUCGGAAGAUGCCUCUCUUGAACAUCCCCAGUCCAUAGAACACGUCGACUCUCUGCCAGUUCUAGAGAAGGAGACACUCCUUGGAACACCCAUGGAAACUGGAUACAUUUAUGACUUUUUGAGCAUCACAAACCAGAACUCUCCGAGUCCCGAGCUUCCUGUAAUGGCAGUGGGUCAGGUUCCCUCCUCGGCAGAACUUGGGGACUCGUGCUCACGACAGCGGAGUUUGGAAACGAACUUCCACGAGAGCGAGACGGUAUUGAAACCCCCUCACCCCGUGCCCGUUGCUGAAACUGAGGAGGUACAGUCCGAGUCAGUGGACAAUCUGAUACCUGGUUCCGAAGUUCGAGUAUCUCUGGAUCACAUCAUCGACGACGCACUGGUGGUGUCCUUUCGGUUAGGCGAGAAGAUCUUCUCUGGGGUUCUGAUGGACCUCUCUAAAAGGUUUGGACCCUAUGGAAUUCCAAUCACUGUGUUCCCAAAGAGAGAAUACAAGGAUAAACCUGAAUCUAUGCAGCUAAAGACAGAAACAUUCCAGCCAGAGAAGGUGGAAAAGCCAGUCCAGGAAAACCCUGACAGCCAAGUUAUCGCAAUCCCCGAACCAAACCCUGACCCCCAGCCUAAGCCUAACCCAUGGACUUCAAAACCUCCGCCACUGUUUCAGGAGGGAGCCCCUUACCCUCCGCCAUUGUUCAUCAGGGACACCUACAACCAGUCGUUACCUCAGCCGCCCCCCCGCAAGAUCAAGCGGCCCAAGCGCAGGCUGUAUCGCGAGGAGCCCACCUCUAUCAUGAACGCCAUCAAGUUGCGGCCCCGCCAGGUGCUCUGUGACAAGUGCAAGGGGACUGUCAUGACCGUGGACAAGAGGGAGCCACGUAGAGGCCCUGUGUCGGACUCUAGGGGCGAGGACGCCAAGCGGAGACGCAACGACAGUGCAGCUACUGUCAGCAAGCGGCCGCGUAAUGAACCUCGCUCUGAGGAGAAGCGCCAUGCUGCUGAGGUGUCCAAACGGCAGGCCUCAGGGAUUCGAGUCUCCUCUUCCUCUUCUCUGGGCCAGGUGAAGGGCGGAGCUGGAGGGAACAGGGUUCUGAGGACAACAUCCACCACAACAACAUCACCGGUCAACAGCAGCUCCAGAGUCCAGCUCAAUGCCAAGAAAGUGCUGCAGAGCAAAAAUGUUGAUCACUCCAAGGCACGGGAGGUGCUGAAACUGGCCAAGGCGCAGAAGAGGCAGAGAGAGGCUACAGUGGUCACCGGUAGCAGUGGCAACGCCAAGACGAUGACGAGGGCCGCUGCCCUGCAGGAGGCCCACGCCCACCAGAAGGUCCACUUCACCCGGCGGCUGCAGCAGAUCAGCGGGGUGGGACCAAGCAACGCCACCCCUCUCCCACCCAGGAUGCGCAUCAAGCCCCAAAGGUACCGUAAUGAAGAGAAUGACUCUUCUACAUGUAAGCCGCCUUGCCUCGAGAAAGUGCUGGGAAGUGGCAGUUUGUCCCCUCCAAAGCUAGGCGCGCCCCGCUGCACCUCCACGCGCUCCUCCUCCUCCUCCUGCUCCACAGGCGAGGCCACUGCUGCUGAAAACCAGGGUCCAGAUAAAGGGCCAGAACCUGAGCUCAGUCCUCAGACCCAAUCCCAGCCCCAAGUGGAACCCCUCACAGCCACGGAGCACAGUGACCCCAAGGUGGAGCCAGAGGAGCAGGGGGGGCGGGAGGAGAGGCGGGAGACGCGCGGCAGCAAGACUGGCAACCUUGUGGUGUACAUGACCCUUAACCCCAGCCAGCCUGACUCUUCUAAUACCUCCAUGUGCAGCAUUGAUAGUGCAGAUGACUUAAAGUCUUCAAACUCAGAGUGUAGCUCCACCGAGACCUUUGACUUUCCCCCUCCCGGUGAUUUGCACUCGCCCCCCGCCCCCGGCACGUCCUCAGCAGUCACUGACACCUCGCCUGCACCUACGGAGGAGAAAACCCCUCGUAAAUCUCAGAAAGUGUUUUCCAAAAAUGUGUCUAAGUGUGUCUCUCUGGACGGCAGAAGCAUUUGCGUAGGGGACAUCGUUUGGGCCAAAAUAUAUGGUUUUCCUUGGUGGCCAGCCCGCGUCUUAGGCAUCCAGAUCAGCCGCAAAGAUAAUGGGCUCUUAGUCAGGCAGGAGGCCCGUGUCGCCUGGUUCGGUUCACCCACCACCUCCUUCCUGGCACUUGCACAGGUCGCCCCCUUUCUAGAAAGCUUCCAGUCACGCUUCGACAAGAAGAGAAAGGGCUUGUACCGUAAAGCCAUCACAGAGGCAGCCAAGGCUGCCAAGCAGCUCACUCCUGAGGUUCGCGCCUUGCUUACGCAAUUCGAGACGUGAGGUGGUGUGCUUUGGGGAAAAGGAAAGUGCUACAACGCUGAAGGGCUGCUGAUGGGUCCUUUACACUGCCAUUGGUUGAGAGACUGUCGGACGGAAGGACAUGUCCAGAAUUGGAGACGUCAUCGAUAUAAUUAUUUUUAUUUAAGUAUCGGAAGAAGGAACAUUUAUAUAUUUAUAAUGAAUUGCAGACCUACUCCACCUCUGGGCCUGUCCAUCAUGCUGAAUACCAUUUGAUUUCUUUGAGCAGGCGUCCAUGUCCACAAGCAUGUGACCUUCGUUUGAGUGAGGACAUCUGCAGAGUAGACGAGCACUCUGACCAUUAUAGAUAUCUAUUACAUUUGUAUUACAUACAUGUUGACAGGACACAGGAUUUUGCAGGGUUUUUAGUAUGUUGAUCAGUGAUCUUGAAAUGCAAAGACAAAAAAAUUAAUAAAAACAAUACUAUGUAAAACAUUUAUAUUAAUGCAAUAAAGAUUGCAUGUGCUAUGCUAUUACAAUGCAUUUGCAGAAGGCUGUGCUUUGUGUUGAAGCAGUCUUGAAAAAGAAUACUGGUGUCUCAAGCCCCAUUUAUACCUGGUGCUAACAUGCGGUCUGUGUCCUGAUCCUGUCCACAUUCUGAUUGUGCCCACAUUUGAAGUGAUUGUGAUCAGAUCUUCCUGACCACCUCAGGAGGUAGUCAGGGACACGUUGUAUCUAGAUAUCUUAGAAGUGUAAACCGAUCUGGAUUAUCAAACCUUUUAAAUAUUCCCUCUUGACUCAAGGCAAUAUUUGUUUUAUUUAUCCCUUUUUCUCCCCAAUUUUGUGGUAUCCAAUUGGUAGGUACAGUCUUGUCCCAUCGCUGCAACUCCCGUACGGAUUUGAAGAGGCGAAUCAGGAUCUCUAAUGGCACAGCUAGCACUGCGAUGCAGUGACUUAGUCCACAGCGGGAGACCCAGCAAUAUUUGUCUUAAUAUGCUGAAUUAUACCUUUGAGAAAGGUGAUUGGGAGGAUUAGAACCUGUGACCUUCUGGUCCCUUGCCAAAUCCAUUGCACCAUCAGGGGAGAUGGUACUAGCCCAGACUUGUCACAUAUUUAAAGCUGUUCAGUCAGAAAGUUAGUAGAUUAGAAAUGUGAUAAGUUCAAAAUGCUGGUUAAUAAAGUUAAAAAAAUAAGUUGCAACUGGGAUUUGAACUGGCAACCUUGCGGGUUGCAACCAAUGAUAUAUAUAUAUAUAUAUAUACAUACACACACAAGAUGACUGAGGGGGGUGCUGUUUUGAAGCAACUGUGCCUCCAUGUUGGCACUCCCCCACCAUUAUAAAAAAAUAUUUUGAAAGCUAUAGAACUACAAGUCUUUUUCUUAAUGUCUACAUUUGUUUUAUCCUUUUACAAACACCUUAAUGCUUACUUUCAAAUGAUAUGUGAGCUGAACAUACAUUAAAUGUUUAGAUUUUUUUUUAUUUGUAUCAUUUUUUUAAAGCACUUAUGUCCCCACUACAACAACAAAAUACUUAAAUCAAUGUAAUUUUGUCCUUGAAAACAAUAAUAAGUAAUUGAAAUACUGUAGAUUUAAAUUCAUUCCUAUUGAGGAUUGCUUCUUCUGAGUCCCAAUAUGGCCGACUGGUGGGUUCUAAGCCUCUCAUCGACCAAUACAUAGCAUUAGCAAUCUAAGGUUUAUAUACAUAAUUUGUUGCAACAAUUUAACGCCCUCCAUCCACCACCUCCAACCUACCUCCCUGAGGGCCUUUUGUUGUUGUUGCUCUCACCUGUAACUCCAACCACUGACAUUCUAAGCUUUGCCCACUGAGCAUUAGGCCUAGAUUAAAACAGAUCAAGCGCUAACCAGCGAUAGCCGACACCCGCAUAGCUGAUGUUUUGGCGGUGUUGGAGGUGUAACUGCGUUGGAGCUGUCAAAUCGGUGAGCAGCUGCUCUUAAUUGUUGUCACGAAACCACACCCGUUCCGCUCGCAUUAGAAGUUCAGAACGAGAAACUUGGCUAUUUACAGUGCAUUCGGAAAGUAUUCAGACCACAUUUUGUUAUGUUACAUCCUUAUUCUAAAAUGGAUUAAAUAAAAAUACAUCUCAAUCUACACACAAUACCCCAUGAUGACAAAGCAAAAACAGGUUUUUAGAUAUUUUAGCACAUUUAUUUACAUAAGUAUUCAGACCCUUUGCUACGAGACUCGAAAUUGAGCUCAGAUGCAUCCUGUUUCCAUUGAUCAUCCUUGAGAUGUUUCUACAACUUGAUUGAAGUCCACCUGUGGUAAAUUCAAUUGAUUGGACAUGAUUUGUAAAGGCACACACUUGUCUGUAUAAUGUCCCACAGUUGACAGUGCAUGUCAGAGCAAAAACCAAGCCAUGAGGUCCUAGGAAAUAAGCUGAGACAGGAUUGUGUCGAGGCACAGAUCUGGGGAAGGAUACUAAAAAAUGUCUGCACCAUUGAAGGGCCCAAAGAAUUACGUGGCCUCCAUCAUUCUUAAAUGGAAGUUUGGAACCACCGAGACUCUUCCUAGAACGGUCCGCCUGGGCCACACUGAGCAAUUGGGUUUGAAGGGCCUUGGUCAGGGAGCUGACCAAGAACCCGAUGGCCACUCUGAAAGAGCUACAGAGUUCCUCUGUGGAGGUAGGAGAACCUUCCAGAAGGACCACUAUCUGUGCAGCACUCCACCAAUCAGGCCUUUAUGGUAGAGUGGCCAGACGGAGGCCACUCCAAGUGGGCUGUCAUGUGCCUUUUACUGAGGUGUUUGCCAAAAGGCACCUAAAGGACUCUCAGACCAUGAGAAACAAGAUUCUUUGGUCUGAUGAAACUCCCGAUCGAACAUCUCUGGAGACCUGAAAACAGAUGUGCAGCGACAUUCCCCAUCCAUCCCGACAGAGCUUGGGAGGAUCUGUAGAGAAUGGGAGAAACUCACCAAAUACAGGUGUGCCAAGCUUGUAGCGUCAUAGCCAAGAAGACUCAAGGAUGUAAUUGCUGACAAAGGUGCUUCAACAAAGUACUGAGUAAAGGGUCUGAAUACUUAAGUAAAUGUGAUAGCAAACAUUUCUAAAGACCUGUUUUUACUUUGUCAUUAUGGUGUAGUGUGUGAAGAUUGAUGAGAACAAUUUUAGAAUAAGGCUGUAACGGCACAAAACGUGGAAAAAGUCAAGAGGUCAGAAUACUUUCCAAUUCCACUGUAGAAAUGACACUCAAAUUGAAAAUCAUUAAACAAAAUAAUGAGGAUUUCUAUCAGCCUAAUCAAGGUGUAGAUUACAUCUCACAGUCGUGUUAGAAUUUGUAAACGAGGCUGCAUGGGAUUUCUCUUAAUGUGACUCCAUAGCCAAUGUCCACUUUAAGUAUAAUGCUGGGAGCUGCUUGUGGAUUUAACUCAGUUCCACCUCUGACACGUCAAAAGAUCAGCUAUGUGGAUGUGGGAGAAUCACCAUCAGUUAUUUUGAUCGUCUACACCGGUCAAAAAAUGUGGGCCCAAUCAGAAUGUGGACUACAUCAGCACCAGGUGUAAACGGGGCUUCAGGCUGCCCCAACCUUAUACCAGCUCCUGUUAUCCCACAGUAAGCUACUCGCUGAGCUACAAGCAGCCUUAAAGAACAGGAGUUAGCUGAACAACUUCAAAUGUCUAGACUGUUCCUGGGGAGAUGCAGUACUUAAAGUGUGUAAUCUACAACUGACUGGCAGAUACAGAAAAUCAAAGAUAUCACGCUCCCCCACUUAGUGUCCUGUAGGGCUCCAUUCAAUCAGUUUCGCUGAAGCGUAAGAAAUGUAAAGGUAAUUUCCUUAUGAGCCGACAUAUGCAGCGUUUAACACGAAUUCAGUCUCCACUAACGCGGGAACAUUGCCUUUAAAUUUCAAUCACACUAACGCUGAAGCCCAACUCAUCCAGCACAUAGAUUUUUUGAUGACACGACAUUUUAUGUGCAAAUUUAAGCGUACAUGUCAUUUUCCUUGCCAGAUGUCCCUCUUCAGUCACUCUCUAGGGUUAAAACCACAAUCUUCCUCCCUGACUUUCCUCCUCACUUCAAGACAAGCAGAGCCAGUUGACUGGACCGAUUGUGAGGUCACAGGCUGGAUUGGGGAUUCCCAAAGGGAAACAAACACAUGGUCAAGUUAGUCAAGAGCAGCUGAAGAGAGCCACAGUGACUGAAUCAGCCGUGGCUCAUCUCUCGCCAUCUCGUGUACAUGUAUGCGUUUUGAUACAAUCUAAUAAUGUCUUGACUCAACAGACUGGUGGAUGUGGGAAAUCCUGUUUUGUAAUUACUGUAUAUCUCCUAAAAUCAGUAAAUUUGCUUUUUGCCUUUGUA